UUUUCUUCUUAUAUACAAAAUCAGAGAAUUCUCCCUUUCGUUGCAACUAAGCUCCGAUCACAGCUCUCCGUCGACGGCGCAUGUUGAUAUUGGAAUUCAUCGGAGUUCGUGAAUGGAAGCACUUAAAAGGCAAGCCUCGUGGCUCAAGGAGCAGGUUACUCGCCAGCAGCAUGCUGUCCUCAAGCAGUUCGGAGCUGGGGGAUAUGGAGGUUCAAAUCAUAUUGUGACUGAUGAGGCUGAACUCCUCCAGUAUCAGAAACUGGAAAGGCUUUAUCUAUCCACCAGAACUGCCAAGCAUUUACAGAGGGAUAUUGUCCGUGGUGUUGAAGGUUAUGUCUUUACUGGGUCCAAACAAGUUGAGAUAGGAACUAAAUUAUCAGAAGACAGCAAGAAAUAUGGAUCUGAAAACACGUGUACCACUAGUAGUACAUUAUCAAGAGCUGCAUUAAUUUUUUCAAGAGCUCGUGCUCAACUGGAGAAUGAACGCGGAGUUCUAUUAAAAUCCCUUGGCACACAGGUUGCAGAACCAUUAAGAGCUAUGGUAAUGGGUGCUCCAUUGGAAGAUGCUCGACAUCUAGCUCAAAGAUAUGAUCGAAUGCGGCAAGAGGCAGAAGCACUGGCUGUUGAAGUAUCCAAACGACAAGCAAAAUUGAGGGAGGGAAUGGGCAAUCCUGACGUGGCAAUGAAACUGGAAGCAGCAGAAGCGAAAUUACAAGAUCUAAAGUCCAAUAUGACUAUACUGGGAAAGGAAGCUAUUUCUGCUAUGGCUGCUGUUGAAGCACAACAGCAGAGGUUGACUCUCCAGCGGCUAAUUACCAUGGCUGAAUCAGAACGGGCUUACCAUCAUAGAGUUCUUCAGAUACUUCAACAUUUAGAAGGCGAGAUGAGAUUAGAGCGUGAAAGAAUUGAAGCACCAUCUAGUGUAGAUAGUGUUCCUCCACCUCCUUCAUAUGAAGAAGCAAAUGGUGUGUUUACUUCUCCUAUGCAAAAUGGCUCAACUGACAGCAUGGAUUACUUUCUCGGGGAAGCAAUGUAUUCGUAUCAUGCUGAAUCUGAUGUGGAGCUUAAUUUGUCAGUUGGAGAUUGCAUUGUUAUUCGAAAGGUUUCAAAUAAUGGUUGGGCUGAAGGUGAAUGCAAGGGCAAAGCAGGAUGGUUCCCCUUCAGCUACAUAGAGAGAAGAGAGCGUGUUCUUGCUAGCAAGGUCAUUGAAGUUCUCUAAACCAUCCAUCCUCCUAAAUCCUAAUAUGUGUUGAUACUGUUUGCGUUAUAUCGACUUUGAUGCGCUCUUGAGCUCGUCCGACUUGCAGCUUGUGUUUUAUUCACCAU